UCUCUUUCUCCAUCCCUCCCCAGUGUGUGCGCGCAUAAACACUAAACCCUCCUCGCUCCUUAAAACCCCUCUUUUCUCUCUCCCUCUCCCCCCCCUCGCCGCCACAAAACCCUAACCCUAUAAUCCCCAACCAUGUCCUCCUCCCCCGCCCCCGCCGCCGCCGCCGCCGCGGGGGAAUCCGAGAAGAAGAAGCACAAGAAGAAGCAGACGAAGCCCGAUCCCACCCUCGCCGCGGCGGCGCCGGCGCCGGAGGGGGAGGGGGAGGGGGAGAAGGAGGAGUACGUGAUUAAGCCGCAGUCGUUCACGCCGGCGCCGGACACGUCGAGGUGGCCGCUGCUGCUGAAGCACUACGACCGGCUGAACGUGCGCACGGGGCACUACACGCCGAUCCCCUCGGCGGGCCACUCCCCGCUGAAGCGGCCCCUCGAGGAGCACCUCCGCUACGGCGUGAUCAACCUCGACAAGCCCUCGAACCCCUCCUCCCACGAGGUCGUCGCGUGGGCGAAGCGCAUCCUCCGCCGCGACAAGACCGGCCACAGCGGCACCCUCGACCCCAAGGUCACCGGCAACCUCAUCGUCUGCCUCGACCGCGCCACCCGCCUCGUCAAGUCCCAGCAGGGCGCCGGCAAGGAGUACGUCUGCGUCGCCCGCCUCCACGCCGACCUCCCCCCGCCGGACUCCGCCGCCCGCGUCGCCCGCGCCCUCGAGACCCUCACCGGCGCCGUCUUCCAGCGGCCGCCGCUCAUCUCCGCCGUCAAGCGCCAGCUCCGCAUCCGCACCAUCUACGAGAGCAAGCUGCUCGAGUUCGACCCCGCGCGCCACCUCGUCGUCUUCUGGAUCUCCUGCGAGGCCGGGACCUACGUGCGCACGCUCUGCGUCCACCUCGGCCUCGUCCUCGGCGUCGGCGCCCACAUGCAGGAGCUGCGCCGCGUCCGCUCCGGGAUCCUCGGCGAGGGCGACAACAUGGUCACGAUGCACGACGUGCUCGACGCGCAGUGGGAGCGCGACAACGCCGGCUCCGAGGCGUACCUGCGCCGCGUCGUCAUGCCGCUCGAGGUCCUGCUCACCAGCUACAAGCGGAUCGUCGUCAAGGACUCCGCGGUCAACGCCAUCUGCUACGGGGCGAAGCUCAUGAUCCCGGGGCUGCUGCGGUUCGAGAACGACAUCGAGGUCGGCGAGGAGGUCGUGCUGAUCACCACCAAGGGGGAGGCCAUCGCGCUCGGGAUCGCGGAGAUGACCACGGCAGUGAUGGCGACGUGCGACCACGGGUCGGUGGCGAGGAUCAAGAGGGUGGUGAUGGACCGGGACACCUACCCGCGAAAGUGGGGGCUGGGGCCGCGGGCGCAGACGAAGAAGAAGCUGAUCGCGCACGGCCUGCUCGACAAGCACGGCAAGCCAAAUGAGAAGACGCCGGCCGAGUGGUUGAGGAACGUGGCCCUGCCCACCGGAGGGGACGCGCUCGUCGCCGCCCUCGCGGCGGCGCCGGAGCCCGCGGUUAAGAAGCAGGAGGAGGACGGCAACAAGGAAGGCGCGAAGGAGGAGAAGAAGAAAAAGAAGAAAGAUAAGGGCGAGGACGAGGGGAGAGAGGGGCGGAAGCGAAAAUUGGAGGACAGUGCCGCCGGCGAGAGCACCCCAGUUUCCGCGGUGGCCAAGAAGGUCAAGGUCGAGGAAGUUGAGGACGGGAAUGUCGGGGAGGCUGGGACCGAGCAGAAGAAGCCUAAGAAGGUGAAAGAGGAGGUCGCAGACGAAGCGGCGGACGAGGAGAAGAGCGAGAAGAAGAAAAAGAAGAAGAAGAAGGACAAGGAGAAAGCGGAGGCUGGAUUAUCCGAAGAGGACGCUGCAGCGGAGAAGGAAAAGAAGGACAAGGGCAGUAAAGAUAGAAAUGGUCUCGGAUCCGUUGGCGAGGAGAAUAAUGCAGAGGAGGAGAAGGAGAAGAAGAAGAAGAAGAAGAAGAAGAGCAGCAAAGAGGGAGCUGAUAAUGAGGAGGCGGAGAGAAGUGAGAAGAAAAAGGAGAAGAAGAAGAAGAAGAAGAGUAAAGAUGCGGAUGCGACGCAAACAUGAUGAGAUAAUGGUCGCCGGUCUUCGGAGUUUCGCAAUCCAUAUCUUAGGGAAGCACCUUCACAUCGGGAAGGUGUGGUCUAUGGAAUAUAAUUUAUUAGCCUUAUGCUGGAAAUCUGUUGUUUAUUUUUAGGACUAAUUGCUUUUAAUUCAUGGGAUUGUAAAGUAAUCGAUUUCUCUUUUCCUUGUCUAUAUUAGCUAAAUAACAGGGGAGUUUUCUGUAUUCUGCUUUCUUAGCCUGUAUAUACCUUAUCUUUAUGGACUUAAAAAUUCUGUAGCUCGUAAUUUGCGAGCAUUCCUUA